GUGCCUCGUACUGCCACCGUGGUGUGCCCAUGGAGGAUUUUUGAGCUGCUGCCAGUUCUAAUUAUCUUCAUGUUCUGUGAAUUUAAAGUUGUGGCAGCAGUGCCUGAAGAUAUGACAACAAGCUUUGAUCCUAGUGAGCCAUCAUUAGAAUCGCUGAUAUGUGUGGUUGCCAUUGGACUGCUUACCAUUUUCUUAUUUCUUUGGAGAGGAUACCGAUCAAUUCAAAGCCGACUUUAUUUGAGUAAAGAGAAUAGACUGGCUGUGGAACUUGCAAUGGAAAUCAAAAAGAAAUGUGAUCUAAUUGACAAAGUGUGCCUUGCUCAAAAGGAGUGUGAAGGCUUAGAGUCAUCCUUAAAGGAGGCCAACUUUGACAAGGCAUCAACAGAAGUACAGAGUUUGAAGGUAAAAAAAAACUUUCUAUUUUAGGCAACUUAUAAAAAUCUAGAAAGAGAUAAAUCUAAACUUGAAGAAGAAAUAUUACUUAUAGAGAAGAAACUAGAAGAAGAGAGAGCUAAACAUCAUGAAGAAGAGGAAUUGAUGAGUCACCUUUCAAAAAUGAUCCAGUCUCUAGCAGAUGAAUCACAGUCUGUCAAAUCACAGCUAGCUGAAGCCAAAACCACACUAAGAAUAUUUGAAAUAAAUAAAGAACGACUUAAAGGAGUAAUAACAGAUACCUUGAAUGAAAAUUCUCAACGUCAGGAAAGCGUGCGUCAGUAUUUAGAAGAAGCUAAAGUCAUGAAAGAACAAAUGAAUCAACUCAAUAAACAGAAAAUAGCAAUCGAAGUAUCCAACGUACAGGCAGAGCAACUCCUAAAGGUUAAGGAAAAUCAGAUCAAGUCUCUGAUGGAGAGCCUGCUAAGGAUGAAAGACUGGAAUUCUGUGCUUGGGGAAGAUGUAACUGAUGAUGGUAAUCUGGAUGUAGAAGUGAACAAUGACUUAGAGAAUAACGUCAAGCUGGCCUGGAAUUCACCUUGGAGUCCAGGCUGGCCUUAUACUCAUGGGAAUCCCCUUGUCUUAGCUGUGAAAUGUAAUCAGCCUAAGGGAGCUUUGAGGAAGCUAAUAUAUGCUAAUGAGUUAAGUGCUUCAUUAAAAACCCUAGAAGGAGACAGAAACCAAAUUUAUACUCAGUUAUCUGAAAUAGAUGCAACAAAUGAUGAUCUUACAGAGCAUAUGCGAAGUCUCAAGUCUGAACAAGUGUCUUUGCAGUCAGGUAAUACACAACUUGAAAUCGAGAAACAGAAGCUUCAAAGGAAAAUCACAGUGAUGAGGGAGCUGUACCAAGACAAUGAAAGGAUGCUUCACAGGAAAAUAACAGUGGAGGAAAAUUGUCGAUUGGAGAAAGAGGAAGAACUUUUCAAAGUCAACAAGAGAACCAACCAUGUGAACAAAGAACUAGACACCUAUAGACGGCGUGCCAAGGAUAUCGAAGAAGAAUUGGAGAGAACAAUUUGCUCCUAUCAAGUGCAGGUUAUGGCUCAUGAACAAAGGGAACAUGACUAUUGGCUGGAAGCUCGUGCUUUGGAAAGAAACAUCAAUGAAUUAAAGAGAAAAAAUGCUCUGAUGAAAGCAACUUUUCCCAACUCUGGCCCUGCUAAAUGCAAAGUGGCUGUCCAUGGCUUGACUCCUCCACUGGUGGCCAAGGUUUCAGGCCCUAGAGAUCAUGGACACCCUUCCAUUCCACAGAAUCCAAGAGGCCAGAAACCACCACCACUUCCUGCAGAUGCUCGACAAAAUCAACUUUGCCCAAUUCUGGCUAUGCUGGAUGCAAAGCUUCUGGACAAGACUUGGAUGUUCCACUGGUUCCUGAGGUCAGACCCCCCAGAGGCCCUGCCUUCCCAGGGGAUCCAGGUUGCCAUGUUCUGCCUCCAGGAAACAUCUAUGGAGAUGCUCCACAGUAUGAUCCACCAAGGGACUUCCCAGGCCCACCAUUCCCUCCUAUGCCAGGUAGAAAUGUGUAUGAACCAAGGUGCUUUCCACCUUAUCUUCACCCAAGAGUUGGGUUCUUUCCCCCACUCCCAUAUCCUCCAGAAAACAUCUAUGGUGAUCAAUGUGGCUAUUUUCCUACAAGAAUCUUCCCUGGUCCACCAUUUCCCCCAAUGGCAGAAGGAAACGUUGCCCACCACUAGACCUCCUGAAAACAAUGCAGCUGGUCAUGGCUUGACUCCUCCACCUGUUCACAGGCUUAAAGGCCCUAGAGGCUCUAGAGGUCCUAGAGGCCCUGUCUCUCAAUAUGAUCGAAGAGGCCGGAUCCUACCACCUCCUCCUCCAGGAAACAUCUGUAGAGGUCCUGGACAGAAUGUCCCGCAAAAGAAAUUUGCAGGCCCACAGUUUCCUCCAAUGUCAGAUGCACCAGUCACUUCCACAUUGGAAUCUGGUAGCAGUGCCACCAAACAUGACCCUGUGAAGGCACCUUUGCCUAACUCUAGUCCUCCUGAAUGCAAUGCGGUUGGUCAUGACGUGAUUCCUCCACUGGAUCCUUUGGUCAGAAGUCCUAGAGGCCCUGCCUUUCCAGGGAAUCCAAGAGGCCCAAUCCUGCCUCCACCUCCUCCUGGAAACAUCUGUGGAGAUUCCGGACAGUAUAUCACACCCAGGGACUUUGCAGGCCCACCUUUCUCUCCAGUGCCAGGUUCUCAUGGUGCUUUGGGGACCCUAAUGAGGAAUACUAUUGUAUUUGUGUCCAGUUGUUCUCUGUACUGGCCAGGGGGAGUGGAACAUGUCAGGGUCACUUGGAUCUGGAAACAGUCAUGGGAUAAAAAGGCAAGUGUGCCCAACUAUGUCCCUGCUGAAUGCCAACCAGCUGGCCAUGGUUUGAUUCCUCCACUUGUUCCCAAGGGAGAAAUGUGUGCAAAUGAAGGGGAUUUCCAUCUUAUCUUCCCCCAAGAUUCUAGUUCUUCCACCACUCUUACAUCUCAAAGUAGAAAUGAGUUCUCUCCUGACUUGAAUCCUACUUCCAGUCAACCUGCACCAGAACCUCCAGCCUGCACUGGAACAUCUGGAGACAGAGGAGACCUGACCAAUUCCUCGGCAUCCAUUUUCUUUUUAGAUGAAGUUUAG